AAUGGCUUUUAUUUGCCCAAAUAAAAUUGGAGUAAUUGCUCCCAAUUCUUAUGAAGACGCUCAGAAGUCUUUGCCUAGGGUUCAAUUGCAGUCUUCUUAUUCUUCGAAUUCUCCAAAAUCUCCUGCUCCACCAAGCCAGUUUCAAGCUCUUAAUAAAAAGCACAGUAUGACCACAGACUCUUCAUUAACAUCAGUACCACGUUUUGAAAUGAACCCACAGAUGAAGAUGAUUAUAAAGAACAACAAAAAGGAGUCUCUUAUAUACAAGCACUCCAACAAGGAAGAAGAACAAGUUAUUGAAUAUGAUAGACUUGGAGACAAUGAAAGUUUUCAAGAAUACCUGAAGGAAAAUCCUAGGGCUAUUGCCAAGAUCCUGAAAAAUGAAGUUUAUCCUAGUUAUGAUAAACUGUACGUUAAAGCAACCAGUUUUGGAAAAGUGAGGAAGAGAUUACAGGACAUGAACAAACAUGAGCUACAAGACAUACUUAAAGAAACUAACUUUAAAAUAAAAUUUGAUGAAUAUGUUAAGAGACAAGGAGCCAAGGAAUCUAAAUCAGAAAGUCAAAAUAAGAAUAGGAUAAUGAAAAGGUGGAUUAAUCAUAAGAUUCUUAAUGCUCAAAGACCUUUAUUAUCGCCUCAACCUAAGCAAAAGCCUUCUAAAGAUCUUAGCUGCCUUUACAUUUCAAAUAACAUGAAAAAUGAUCAGAAUAAUAAUUCGAAUAAUUUCCAAAACCCAAGGCAAUUUGAAAAGAAUCGAGUCAGAAGAUUCCAAAGAGUAAAUAAAUAUGGAAACUUAUUUCAUCGAAAUAAAUCAAGGAAUGGCUUAGCUAAAAGUUUAUCCCCUCUAUUAGGCACUCCCUUCUCAAGUUUUGAGGGAAAUGAGAAACUUGGGGCAGAAGAUGGUCUUAUCAUCAAUAAAAUUCAUACUGGCGCAAUUCAAAUAGAUCCAUUGAUUUCAGUCAAGAAUUAUUUGAAAUGUAAUUCUCCACAAUUUCCAAAAAUUGAAUUUGAAUCUCCAAAGAUUGUAAAGCCCAACAAGGACUUAAUCAUAAGAGAGGUUAAUAAAUCCAAGGAGCCAAUCAAGCCAAAAAGAAAAAUUGGAGGCUCCCAAAAAUAAAAUGGCCUCACUUGGAUCUCUUGGCAAAAAUUAUUCUGUUGUACUUCACAGUCAAAAAUUAGAUGAAAUUGAUCCUCGUCAUGAUCCAUCUCUUAAAAUCACUGAUCAAGAUUUGGAGGCUGAAAUUCAGCUGCUGACAAAGAUAAAAUAACUUUUCUCCAAAACGUUGAUUUGACAAUACAUACAUCCAUAACAAAUUCAUGCCAUCCAAAGACUGCAAGGAAGAUAUUUUUAGAGCCUUAAAGUUCUCUCCAACAAGCAUGGCUUUGCUUUCUCAUAAAAAGGCUAGAAGAAGAGAUUCGAUUUCAAGGAUUAUGAAAAAUCUUAAGAUAAUAAAGUGUUUCAGGAAGGUGUUGACACCAAGCAUAUACCCUUAAUUCCAAUUCUAUAUCAAAAUUUCUCAACCAAA